CUCUGUGGUAAGGGAGCAAUACGGCGACACAUUCGAGGCCCGUGCACUGCCACAGACGCGCCAAUCCGAUCUCACCUCAGAGGCUCAGCUGCCUUUGAUCUAUCUCUCUGUUUGUUUGCAGGCGAGGUCUUCAGCUCUUGUGGCGGUCAUUCCGAGUGCCCAUUUCUUAAUUUAACGCCUCACUUUUGUCGCUGUCGCCAUCUCCAUGCCAUGACUUGAAUGCUGUGAGGGUGGUGCCCUUUCUCUGCUCCUACUUUUUUUUUCGAAUUUCGAGUUCCCAUUCCUUCUCUACGCCUUUUCUCACACCACGCGCACUCAUUUCGGAGAGGUUACGUCCCAUCACACCUGCCUCUAGCAAACGCGUAAUCGAACUUCAAGCUACGCUCGGCGUUCACCAUGUCGGAACGAUUCUACGGCGUGACGCCGCCCAUUUCGACGGCACUGCCGACCGAGCGAGAGAAACAGCUGAAUAGAGCGCUGCACGAGGAGCUGCGAGCGCAAGGCACUUUUGAAUCCCCAGCCGAGACCGAAAAGAGAAAGGAGGUUCUCCGUCAGCUUGAGAGGAUUACGAAUGCUUUCGUGCAGAGGGCAGCGCAAGAAAAGGAGCCCAAGAACACCUUCCUCAUCCGCGAUGCUAUUGGCAGGGUUUUUACAUACGGAAGUUACCGCCUCGGUGUGUACGGGCCUGGCUCCGAUAUGGACACCCUCGUGGUCGCCCCGAAGUAUGUCACGGUAGAUCAGUACUUCCGCCUCUUCCCCGAGUUGCUUGUCGAGAUGGCGCCGCCCGGUGCCAUCACGGAUCUUACCCCGGUGCCGGAGGCCUUCGUGCCAAUCAUCAAGUUUGAGUUCUCUGGCAUCAGCAUAGAUCUUAUCUUCUGCUCCAUUCAGACACUCAAACAGUUGCCAGCCGACAAAAACUGGAGUCUAGCCGACAACAAUCUACUACGCGGCCUGAGCGAGAACGAAGUGCGCUCGCUGAACGGAACGAGAGUGACGGAUGAAAUCCUGAGCCUUGUUCCUGAGCCGGCCACGUUCAAGCUCGCGCUGCGAGCCAUCAAGCUUUGGGCGCAGCGGAAGGCCAUCUACGCCAACAUCAUGGGCUACCCUGGAGGUGUCGCCUGGGCCAUGCUCGUUGCUCGGGUAUGCCAGCUGUAUCCCAAGGCCACGAGUGCGGUUGUGGUGAACAAAUUCUUCAACAUCCUGCUUAAAUGGCCGUGGCCUCUCCCGGUUCUUCUAAAGGACAUCGAAUACGGGUGCCCCGUCACGCGAGUGCCCGUGUGGAAUCCCAAGAUCUAUCCUAGCGAUAGGAACCACAGGAUGCCGAUAAUCACACCGUCUUACCCGUCGAUGUGUGCUACGCACAACAUUGGCAGGUCUUCCAUGGCGGUGAUCCAACAGGAGCUCGAGAAGGGAGCACAGGUAACAGAAGAGAUCAUGCUGGGUAGGCGACCAUGGAAAGACCUCUUCACGAAGCAUAACUUCUUCACUUCAGGCUUCCGGUAUUACCUCACAGUGAUCUCUGCCAGCAGAACCAAGAAGGCGCAGAACGCCUGGUCCGGGUUCAUCGAGUCGAGGGUGCGCGUGCUGGUCAAUAAGAUCGAAAUGCAUCCCUCGAUCGCUCUAGCACGGCCGUUCAACAAGGGCUAUGACAGAGUUCACCGGUGCAAGAACGAUGCCGAACUCGAGGAGGUAGUGUCAGCCGGCAGCCUUGCAUACCUCUACAAGCCGCCCGCGGAUGGCGACGAGCCGGUCAAGAAGGAGAUCAAACAGGAGAUCAAAAACGAAGAUGGCGUAUCGGUAAAGCAGGAAGACCCCGGAGUGAAGACCGAGGACGGCAUGCGGAUUAAGCGUGAGCAUUCCGAAGAGGCCCAGCCACAAGCGACAGCGACAGCGACAACGAACAUCAAGCCCGAGCCCGGCGCAGACGAAAGCGAGGUCAAGCUCGAGGAGAUCCCGGAAAUGAAGAAGGACGGACCCGAAGAAAUGGAGAUAUACACAACUAACCACUACAUCGGGCUGCAGCUGGACGAGAAGGCCAAGUCGCUUGACCUGUCGCGUGAAGUGAACGACUGGAAGGCCAUGUGCACAUCCAACGAUAUUUACGAGGAGGGGAUUAUGUUCUUGUCGAUUCAGCACGUCAAGAACACGGCGCUGCCCGACGAUGUGUUCGAGCCCGGCGAGGUGCGACCCCGGCCGGCCAAGAGGAGCCUUAAGCGAGUUGCAUCCGAGGAGCCGAGUAAGCAGCAGCAACCUCCGUCCAAGAGGCAGGUUCAUCUUCAGGGCACAGCGCCCGCCGCGCAGCAGCCUACUACGACGGCCACUGCGGCAGCUGGAUAGGAGCCAGGGAGACCGAGUGAGGGCAUAUGGGAUCGAACGUCGGUUGGACGAGCGGGAGUCCAGAAGGAGUUGGGGCGGGGGAAGGCCAAGCGAUCGAUUCGGGUGACUGGACAUGUGCCAGAU